AUGGGAUAUCCAAGUAUAAUUGCUGUAAAGAUCAUUUCAGCCACCACUUCUUCCGCGGCGUGGUCUCGGGCCUGCGAUGGUAUGCUGCUCGCGUGGCUGCUGCGGGCUCUCGCGCUCGCACUGCUGCCCAUAUCGCCCCUCAGCGCCGAUGUUAUAUUCAGAGUGCCAGAAGUCGUGGUACGUCCAAUCUCCGGUGCGAAGUCAGUAGGCAUAGGGCCGAGCAACAGCAGUCGGAAUGACUCCGAGCGGUGGACUGAACAUGAAGUGGAAGUGCAGUACGAGGAGUACUUCGUAGAGCAUGAGGUCUCUACUACUGCGGCGAGGCAUGCUGCUGCAACGCUAAAUGUUGAUGCAAUUCCAGAUUCUCCACCUGGAUGCGGCACGUGUUCUCGCCGCGAGAUGGAAUACUGUGAAACACGGGUCCUUGCUGACCACUGCUGCUGUGAACGUCAUUACCUCCCUGAGCCCUUUCCCUGGCUACCACAUACUUGCUACGUGGGGCCACAUCGAUGUCGACCCCUCGCUCAUGAUUGCGUGAGAUACGUCAGGCUUCGUGAUUGUUGCUGCUAUAAAAAACUUGCUGAACGAUGGUUGAACAUGUCUUGGUCACGAGGUGACUGGAGUGUCGCGACACCUCGCAACGCCAGAGUCUUCAUCAGCAGUCCAUUAGGGAAGGGUAUACUGUCGAAGUCAUCUCGUUUAAGUGUAGGUGAAAUAUCUCUUCUACUGCUGUCCAUGUUGCUGUUUGUAGCGUACCUG